AUGUUAGCGGUGGGGGCGAUGGAGGGCCCCCGGCAGAGCGCGUUCCUGCUCAGCAGCCCGCCCCUGGCCGCCCUGCACAGCAUGGCAGAAAUGAAGACGCCGCUGUACCCCGCCGCCUACCCCCCGCUGCCCGCCGGCCCCCCCUCCUCCUCGUCCUCCUCGUCCUCCUCGUCGUCGCCCUCCCCGCCUUUGGGCGCCCACAACCCGGGCAGCCUGAAGCCCCCGACCGCGGGGGGGCUCUCGGCCCUGGGCAGCCCCCCGCAGCAGCUCUCGGCCGCCACCCCGCACGGCAUUAACGACAUCCUGAGCCGGCCCUCCAUGCCCGUGGCCUCAGGGGCCGCCCUGCCCUCCGCCUCGCCCUCCGGGUCCUCCUCCUCCUCCUCUUCCUCGUCCACCUCCGCUUCGGCCGCCGCGGCCGCAGCCGCAGCGGCGGCCGCCGCCGCCUCGUCGCCAGCGGGGCUCCUGGCCGGCCUGCCCCGUUUCAGCAGCCUGAGCCCGCCGCCGCCGCCGCCCGGGCUCUACUUCAGCCCCAGCGCCGCGGCCGUGGCCGCCGUGGGUCGGUACCCGAAGCCGCUCGCCGAGCUGCCCGGCCGGACGCCUAUCUUCUGGCCGGGAGUGAUGCAGAGCCCGCCCUGGAGGGACGCCCGCCUGGCCUGCACCCCUCAUCAAGGAUCCAUCUUGUUGGACAAAGACGGGAAGAGGAAACACACGAGACCCACGUUCUCGGGCCAGCAGAUCUUUGCCCUGGAGAAGACUUUCGAACAAACGAAAUACUUGGCGGGGCCCGAGAGGGCUCGCUUGGCCUAUUCAUUGGGGAUGACGGAGAGUCAGGUCAAGGUCUGGUUCCAGAACCGCCGGACCAAGUGGAGGAAGAAGCACGCAGCCGAGAUGGCCACGGCCAAGAAGAAGCAGGACUCGGAGACCGAGCGGCUGAAAGGGGCCUCGGAGAACGAGGAGGAGGACGACGACUACAACAAGCCCCUGGACCCCAACUCGGACGACGAGAAAAUCACGCAGCUGCUGAAGAAGCACAAGUCGGGCGGCGGCAGCGGCGGCGGCGGCGGUGGUGGGCUCCUGUUGCACGCGUCCGAGACCGAGGGCUCGUCCUGAGCGCC